AUGCGUCCAACACCCGCUCUUCGCAACAACCUUCGCAGCAUCAGAGCUUGCUUCGAAAGACCUGAAGCUCAGAGCUUCCUCAACAGUACUUUCAGUCCAUACACCCAGGUCAUGUUGGCGAAAGGGUUGGAUGGACCGUUGUAUGGUCAGUAUACAGCCCGAAAAUGUGCACAGUGCUUCUUCAGGAUGCUGACUCAUAGUAGGUAUGGCGCAGCCGUCACAGGUGUUUUGGGAUGGCCAUUGAUCACCUCGAAGUUGGUGUAUGGCAAGAUCGGAGUAUAA